GAAAGCCUCCGAGAGAGCUCAGUAAAAGCCUUCCACCCGUCAUUCUAGGAGGAUAAGAGCAAGAUACUGUUAACAAGUGCAGGAAAUGGCUUUCGGAGUUUCAAUAUCAGUCUAUAUCUUAUUCAAUGCUGUGACAGCAUUGACUGAAGAGGCAGCCAGGACUGUAACACCCCCAAUCACAACCCAGCAAAGUAACUGGACCAUUAACAAAACAGAAGGACCCCUAGCGUUGAGGUUCUCACAUCCUUGCCUGGAAGACCACCAUAGUUACUGCAUCAAUGGUGUUUGUGCAUUCCACGAUGAGCUGGAGAAAGCCAUCUGCAGGUGUUUUACUGGUUAUACUGGAGAAAGGUGUGAGCACUUGACCUUAACUUCAUAUGCUGUGGAUCCUUAUGAAAAAUACAUUUCAAUUGGGAUUGGCGUUGGAUUAUUAUUAAGUGGUUUUCUUGUCAUUUUUUACUGCUACAUAAAAAAGAGGUGUCUAAAAUUGAAAUCACCUUACAAUGUCUGUUCCGGAGGAAGACCACUAUGAGGCCUUUGUAAGAAAUUUUCAUGAGUCAUUGGUGAAAAUCAGUGGGCCCAAAACUGAAAUUUUCAAGUGAAACAACAAAACUUCCUAAGCUGACUAGAAAGUUGGGAUCACGAUGAAACAAGAGAAUAAAUUUCAACAUUGGUCCUUAGACUUUGCCAUUUUUAAAGUGCCAUGGGAGCCAAGGGAACAAGGUACAGUAACAGAGGUCAAGUUCACAGUCCUACUCUGGGUUUGUUGCUGUUGUGUGAUUAUUGUUCUCACUGCAGAGAGACUUGAGUUUUGUGCUUCUGACUAUGUCAGAUGUGAAUUUUCAUGGGAAUAAUUAUCAACCUUGCGGCCAGCCAAAGCAAUGCCAAGCUUGGAUUCUUCACUAUGCUUGCUACCAGGAUUCUGGACCACUGCUCUACGGACCAAAUCCCAAACACGAUGCUUUCGUGGUGUCUAAAAGAAUGUGAUGUCAGCUAUUCAGAUGAGAUUCGUAUUAUGGCACCUCCAGUGAACCAAACUUAUGAUUAAAGUCUAAGCUAGAGAAAAGAAAUGGAAUGUCCAAGGCAAACAUAAUGAUACCCAACUUGUGACGACACUGUGAAAUAUGGAAUAAGCUAAAGAGUUUCUGAUGACUGAAAGCUGCCUGGAUAUUGAGCCCUGAGGAGGCAGAAAGUUUUUGUUUCUGCAUGGAUUAUAAAAUUUUAUGUUGGGCUCA